CCUUUAAAACGUGUUUCAUAGAUGAAAGAAUGCCCUUUUGUUCUUCUCAUUUGUAUGUAUCGAUGAUCACGAUACAACCAUUCACCAACAAACCAACACAUUCGCAUUCGCAUUUUCUCUGACAAAGCUUUCACCUUGCGGCGUUGAUCUAUUUGAAGUUUGGCAAUGGAAAGAAAAAGGGGUUCAACUGGCUCUGCUAGUGCUAUUAGAAAAGGCAAAAGGGUAGCAGUAGCUGAGAAAGUUUAUGAUAGCUCUGCUAGGGCUACCAGAAGAAGCAAGAGAAUAGCUGAGAAACUUAAUAAGCAUGAAAGUCAACAACUUAGGGUUUCUUUUGAUGAUCUUCCAUCCCACAUCACUGCCCACAUUCUGCGAAGACUUCCCGUUAAGUCUGUUAUCAUUUGUAAAUCUGUUUGCAGAAGAUGGAAAGCUGUGAUCUCAGACCCACAUUUUGCCAAAUUACACUUACAGCUUUCACCGGCUGGUUUAAUGAUUUUCACCAGGGAUAGGAAACUGUCAAGAACCAUGUACCUUCUCGAGUGUGAUUCUGAAAAGUUUGGAAAUGAUGAUGAGGGCCAAUUCGGGUUCCGUGAGCGUAAACGCAACUGUCACUUUAAACUUGAGCAUAAACUCAAGCUUCGUCGUCGUGGUGGCAAACUAGAUUUGGACAAAAGAGAUGAGACCAAACAAAGGGGCAGACAAAUGGGUUAUAUUCCUUGCGAGCUUCCUCUUCAUGGUGCCAAAUUUAAUAAUUAUGCUGUGGUGAAUUCUUGUAAUGGCUUGCUUUGCUUGUCUGAUAUGGAAAGAAACUAUCUUGUUGUUUGCAAUCCAGUUAUAGGUGAGUUCAUUAGACUUCCGGAACCUACCAUAAUUGAUAAAGCUGAUUAUAAGUUGCGUAGGGUAGAUGUGGGUUUUGGUUUCCAACCCAAAACUAAUGAAUACAAGGUGGUAAGAAUAUUCAAGGGACGCUGCCCGUUGCAGGACACAAAGGUUAUUAUGGGAGUUGAAAUUCACACACUGGGAACAUCAAAAUGGAGGAAUGUUGAGUUUGAUCCUACGCAUGUUUACUGGCUUCAAUUUCCUACAUGUUUGAGUGGGGCACUUUACUGGAUCUGUUAUCAUCACCAGGAAUUGUCAAUAUUGUGUUUCGAAUUUGAAAGUGAGAAUUUCCAAUUGUUGCCUACUCCACCUCAUUUAUUUAUAAAUGAUAUGACCGUGGGAGAAUAUGGGGGCUCCCUUUACAUAUGUAAUUCAUCUCUUACAGGGGGUCACGUUAAAAUGUGGAUUAUGAAGAAAAAUGAUUUCGAAGAAUCAUGGACUCUUGUUUUCAGCAGUGAUAUUAUGAGCAGGCCUAAUGGUAGUUUAUAUUGGCCAGUAAAACACUUUCAGAAUGGUGCUGCUUUAUUGAUGUAUCAUUCUUGCAAUUGCUUUAUCUACUAUGAACCUGAAAAGUAUGGAUUCAGAUUUUUUAAGGUUCGUGGAUCAAAAUUUGAGGCUGUUCCUCAUGUUCCUAGUCUUAUCUCACUAAAGGGUGCUGUGAAAGGAGAUAAUAUUGAGGUGAUGAAUGUCCACUCAAGGUGUGAAGAGGUGAAAUUGCAAGAAGAAAAAGAAGUUCCUUUCUUGGCUAUAGUGAAAGAAUUGACAAAUUUGUGCUAUAUAUCUUCUGAUGAUGAAGAAUAGGUUGAAGAGUACACUCCUAACAAGUAAUUGGCUUAUAAAAAGGUUAUGCUAUAUCGUAAGUAUUGGUUAUGACUGGUUGUAAUUUUUGGAAUAUUUGUACUAUUUUAGACUACAAAAGAUAUUUGUUUAAUCUAUGGUUUCAUGGUUCCUCAGCC